GCGUACCAUAAUUUCUUUUCGGAUAACCAGUUAGCCCCGGCGUUUAUGCAUCAAAUUUUUCCCCAGUGAAGAGGACUCAGAGACAUGUGCCGGUUGCAGUUACCCUGAAGACCAGCAUAUGAAGGUUUUGGCUCCAGUAGAACGGUGGGCCGAAGCGAGUUUGAAAUGGAAGGCAGAGUUUCACUUGAAGAACGAAGCAUAUUCGGACGAAACUCUCAAAAUCCGAUUAGUGGACGAACCAACAGGGAUCGACAAAACAGCCAACUUGAUGAUAAUCGCAAACAGUACCAACCCUGGCAUGCCAGUACGAGUUUUGGUGGAAACUUGGAAAACACCGGUUCCAGAUUUCAUAGUGUCAGUGAUCGGAACUGUACACCAAAGCCCAGUUACUCCGGAUCAGUUCCAGAUAUUCAAGCGGGAUUUCAAUAAAGCGGUGUCUAGCAGUAAUGUGUGGGUGAUCGGAGGCGGUAGCCUACAUGGAGUUGACAAACUUGUAACCGAAAGUCUGAAAGAUUUGCAGCUUCAAUCGUGGAUGGGUGUCAGCUCGAAACAGCUACACGUGAUCGGAAUAGUGAACUGGGACUGUUUCGAGUCUAAUCACGCAGCCAACAGGCUCUACUUUGGAUCCGAAUAUCCCAUGGAAAGGUUCAACUCAGAAGCUGUUUUUUCCUACUUUGUGAAGAAACGCAAACCAGAUUGGGAUGAACCUAACCAAAGACUAUCGAUGACCUUGAACCCUCUGUUCAGUAAUUUCAUCGCAGUUCAGGGUGGCGUGAAAGGAAAACUUCAUCAGGAAUUGCAACUAAGAAUUGGAGUCGAGAAUAUAUUAACAAAUCCCAAUCCUGAUUUGUCUCAUCACAAGAAAUUCAAAUCCACUCCGCAGACGUUGCUGGUCCUAGGAGGAGAUGUUGGAACCCUAGAUCAUAUCGCCAACUCCCUCGUCAACGGUAUCCCUGUUGUACUAUGUCAAGGAUCCGGAGGAAUGGCGGACAUCGUAAUCGAGGUGCUCCGGAUGACAAGAGGAAGGCCCUUUUUAGAACCAGAAGUUUUGAAUUUAAUUGAACCGCAGCGAAUCCGAGACAUGAUCAACAAACCGAGAGGCGAGCGAGACCUCUUCUCGGAAGACUACAUGGAUGCAGUUACUCACGUGCGAAACAUUUCAACUUGUAUUCGCCUCUCGGAACUAGUGACGAUUUAUAGACUGGACAAACCAGCAGUGGGAGAAAAACUGGACCAAUGUAUUUUCAAGUCGCUUCUGAAAGGGCGAGCUGUUUUGGCUCCAUUAGAAUAUUGGGCCAAAGCGAGUUUGAAAUGGAAGGCAGAGUUUCACUUGAAGAACGAAGCAUAUUCGGACGAAACUCUCAAAAUCCGAUUAGUGGAAGAACCAACAGGGAUCGACAAAACAGCCGACUUGAUGAUAAUUGCUAACAGUACCAACCCUGGCAUGCCGGUACGAGUUUUGGUGGAAAAUUGGAAAACACCGGUUCCAGAUUUCAUAGUGUCAGUGAUCGGAACUGUACACCAAAGCCCAGUUACUCCGGAUCAGUUCCAGAUAUUCAAGUGGGAUUUCAGUAAAGCGGUGUCUAGCAGUAAUGUGUGGGUGAUCGGAGGCGGUAGCCUGCAUGGAGUUGACAAACUUGUAACCGAAAGUCUGAAAGAUUUGCAGCUUCAAUCGUGGAUGGGUGUCAGCUCGAAACAGCUACACGUGAUCGGAAUAGUGAACUGGGACUGUUUCGAGUCUAAUCACGCAGCCAACAGGCUCUACUUUGGAUCCGAAUAUUCCAUGGAAAGAUUCAACUCAGAAGCUGUUUUUUCCUACUUUGUGAAGAAACGCAAACCAGAUUGGGAUGAACCUAACCAAAGACUAUCGAUGACCUUGAACCCUCUGUUCAGUAAUUUCAUCGCAGUUCAGGGCGGCGUGAAAGGAAAACUACAUCAGGAAUUGCAACUAAGAAUUGGAGUCGAGAAUAUAUUAACAAAUCCCAACCCUGAUUUAUCUCAUCACAAGAAAUUCAAAUCCGCUCCGCAGACGUUGCUGGUCCUAGGAGGAGAUGUUGGAACCCUAGAUCAUAUCGCCAACUCCCUCGUCAACGGAUCGCACAGUCUCCUCGGGUAUCAAAAGCAUGUCGUGAUCAAGCGAAUCCGAGACAUGAUCAACAAACCGAGAGGCGAGCGAGACCUCUUCUCGGAAGACUACAUGGAUGCAGUUACUCACGUGCGAAACAUUUCAACUUGUAUUCGCCUCUCGGAACUAGUGACGAUUUAUAGACUGGACAAACCAGCAGUGGGAGAAAAACUAGACCAAUGUAUUUUCAAGUCGCUUCUGAAAGGGCGAGCUGUGCGUGACUUAGACCAUGUGUUCUUGGGGCUAAAAUGGCAUAAAUGUGAUGCAAUAAUUAAAGACACCCUCUUCUCACAAGGUGAUUUAAACUUGAGAAGCAACAUUCGAUCACUUUGCCGAAAAGCUCUUGUUGAGGAGCAAACCGAUUUCUUCGAACUAUUUCUGGCUCUUGACCUGGACUUGCGAAAAUACAUAACAACCCGGGAAUUACACGAGCUCUAUAAAUUUUCGAUUCUGAAGGAGCCGUAUUUAAUGAAUUUAAUGGUGCGAAAUGGAAAAUUUUGUCUCUCCGAUGCAUAUGACGCAAUCUUCACAAGUUCUACUGCUUAUGAAUUCUUCUGCCUGGAUUCCUUGAGCGCAAGUUGCCAAAAUUCUUCUCAAGAAGCAGCGGUUGAGCUUUUCUGGUGGUCCAUAUUCAGUUGCAGUUUACGCUUGUCCACACUUCUCUGGAAGAUGAGCCAGCAUCAACUGGCCCUUGCAUUAAUAGCCAUUUCACUGUGUGACACCUGCUCCAGUUACGUUCCUGAAAACGAGAGUGUUCAACUUAAGAAGUUUGCUGAACUGAAAUUUACGUUCGAGACGUUUGCGAUUGAACUAUUGGAUCAAGUUUGGAAUUUCAACGAGCGAUUUACAAAAGAUCUUAUUCUGAAGAAAAUAUCAUCAACUAUUGGAGUUUCCAUUUUCGACAUAGCAAUUUUUACUCGGGCCAAAGAUUUUAUUUCGCAUGCUGCUGUUCAAACGUGCUCGAGCGAGGCUUGGAAAUCAGGUCUAAAAUAUUCGUACUUUCAUUUAAUAUUGGUUAUCAUUUUUCCUUUUUGCGCUGUCGCUGACAUCAGAAAAAGCCAAAUUAACAAUCAGAGUUUCAGCUGCAAAAAAAUAGGUUUCGCCGAAAACGGAUUCGAAACGAAUUGUGAUAAAGAUGGGGAUAAAGUUACACAUUAUGUCACCAUGCCACCUGGAACUACUCAAAAAGACAAAAACUUAUCAAUAAUUGAUUGUCUUAAAGUAGUAUACUCAACACCAGCGAUUAAGUUCACGCUACAUUUUUUAUUCUUUGUAUUAUUUCUAUUAUUUUACUCUUGGUUCCUCGUUCGAAAAUGCAGGGAAGUUCCUCUGUCAAAAUCCGAGCACUUUCUUUUCGUAUUCAAUCUUUGUUACCUCUUGGAAGCUCUGGUAUUGCUAAUCCAGUUCAAAGGCCCUUUUGCUAUGAAACUUGAAGUUUGGCUGCGCUGCGAGUGGAGCUACAUCCAGGUCAUAUCAUCGCUUUUUGGAUGCUUUGGCUACGUCAUAAGACACCUAUCAACAUCGGUGCUGACGAUGCACGCUGGAUAUGGCACUUCGAUGUAUGCCAUCAGCGGCUUCUUCGUCUGGAUCAGACUGCUCUCUUUCUACAGGUGCAGUCGUAAAUUGGGACCACUCUGGAUUCUGCUGCGGAAAAUGAUGCACGAGGCUCUGGGCUUCAUGCUCAUUUUCAGCACUAUAAGCAUCGCAGCCGGUAUUUUCAUGCAAGUUAGUACAAAAUAA